CUGACUUUUUACAAAGAGAUUCGAGCGAAAUGUGCUGCCGAAAUUGAAAGAAAAUAAUUGUCUGCCGUUAAGCAUUUAAUUAAAAUUUAGAGUGCGGUAUUUGCUUUAAGCAUGUGGACAUAAACUUCGAAGUAACCUGACGUAUUGAUUGGGCUUCCAGCAAGCAAUUGCAAGUUUACUUUGUUUGGGUAUUUUCAGCUUUAAGGAGUUUAGAGCACUCUUACUAGUAUGCUAUACUAAAGUUGAUGAGUAUUGAAAAUAGUAAAUAUGAUCUAAAACAUAUAUAUGAUAGCUAAUUCUUAUUUACAUAUAGUGCCGUAAUCUCGCGGCUAACAAAACCAAGGUGACGUACAAGUUAUUAUUUGUUUUGAGAGAAGGCCAUGUUGCCAAUUCUUAAGUGAAAAUGUUCUUGUUAUUUCAAAAAGCUUUAUGUGUAAUUGGAAUUGUCCCGUAUUAAUAUCCGAAAAAUGCUUAUUAGAAAUAUUGUUGUUAUUGUUGUAACGACAUAUCUACUAUAAAAUGUUCUCCAAAUCGGUUGUCGUCGUAUUGGGAUGUUAGUCUGCUAUUCUAUCAUUGAGGCAUCAAAUGCAUGUUAUGAAAAUAAGCAAACUAAAUUUGUAGGUUUAAAUGCAUGAAGCUUCACGCAAAUUUCAUAAUAAUAUAUUAUCCACCUCCCUAUUUUUUACUUCAACUGUUAUAGCGGUAAAAAACCAAUAAUUUUGAGAUAUACUCUUGAAUUUAAAAUUAUUGGCCGUAUAACGCGGAAACGACUUUUUACAUAACAUGUUUGUCACAUGUGUUCCGCUAUGCGUUGGAACUUUUAUUACCAACAAAAAUCUAUUUAUUUCAAAACUAAUGUUUAAGGUUUAAAUUAACUUUUUUUGAAUUAAAAAAAACAAAAAGAAUUAACGUAUUAAUUCUCGGCUAACCUUACUGAUUCGUUCGAAUGCCAUAAUUUCUGUAAUAAUUAACAGACAAGAAACAUGUUUAUUUAGUGACUAUAGAAAAUUCAAAAUAAAAAGGUCUUGCCGGAACUUAAAAAUGGUGAAGAGAAGACUGAUAAUUAACCUAAUUUAAAAUAAAAAAUAAAUAUUUGCUUACUCGUAGUUUUUUUUUAAAUUCUCAUGAAAUGCAAAAAAAAAAACAAAUUAACACACGGCGUAUAUUCUGCUUAUGUUGCUAACGGUGCAUGUGUGCCAAUAAAUUAAUGCGAGUAGCGCUUGCACUCAUGUAUACAUAUGUAAAUAUGUAUGUAUGUAUGUAUAUGAAUAUACAAAUAUCCAUACGAACACACUUAUGUAUGUCCAUAUUUUGGACGGAAAUGUGACCGGAAGUUAGUAAAAUUCAUAUCAAAGCAACGCAGAAAAGUCUAAAAUUACAAAAGUGGGUCGUCGCGUUGGUGGCAACGCGAUCAAUGCAAUUCUGAAUAUUUACUUUGCUUAGUUUAUAGGGUAUUCUACCAACAAAUAUACUAUAUGUAUUAAAAUUUAACAAAAAAAUGGCUAAUUUAACUUUCUAGUUUACCUUACUCGAGUUUUUAAGUAUAUCGAUGCAAUGAUAAAACAAAAAUUUAAUUUGCGUAUUAAGGGCGUAAGCCACUAAAUAAGAGCUCAACACCACGUGGUUUGUGGAUAUCUUCGUAAAGUAACGAAACGUGUUUGUAUAUCUAUUUUAUCGCUUCAGUCUGUUUUUUCGAUCUUAAUUCUCCCAUUAUAUCUAUAAACUUAUGUACAUACAUAUUUAUUUUCACAAUAUAAUUAAUAUACAUAUGUUCCAUCUGAAAGCUAAUUUACCAAAUCAAUAUUAUACAAAUUGUUUAAAAAUGCUAAAAUAUAUGUAUAAAUUCAACAUAUUUCCCACAACACAUACUGUAUGUACACUUGUCACCGAUGGAGGUGUUUUAAAAAAAUUCCCACUAAACUACUAUUCGGCGUAUUCAACCAUAUUUGCAUAAGUUUACUAAAAAUGUAUGUGAACUCGUCGAAAAGCGCAAUAAAUGGAAACUUGUAUAACCGAAAAUAAUGAAUAAUAAUAUUGUCGUCUUGCUAUUUUCUCAGCCUACGCCAACGCAACCCUACCUAAACUAUAAAGAACAGGUUGAGAAAAAAGUCAUUAGGGAUACCUUGUAAGAAAUUUUUAACGACAAAAGUGUAAAAGUUCUGAAAAUUACGCAUUAGAAACACAAGUUUGCAGUAAUUUUUCAACUGUGAUGUUAGAGGCUGUUUCUUGCUGAUUCUGGGUUUGCUAAAACCGAAAAUUGUAGUAAAAAUUUCAUAACACGUAGGUUUUUUGUAUUGCACUCAAGAGGUGUUGGGUUCAAAACAUCUACUAAAAUGACAAAAAUAGCUAUACUAGAAAAAUUUCUGAACUCAAAUACAGCACAUCAGUCGCAAAAUUUUCCUUCAAAUUUGUUGAGUAGUGUAAUUAUUAUGAUAAUUCUGUCGCAAACUCAUAUUCAAUGGCUAAUGGAUUUUUAUGAGGAAAAAUUGAUUUUUCGAAACACUUCGCCCAAUCGCGGCAAUUUUUUCUCUCAGGGCGAGUUGCUAGCGUAAUACUCACGCCCUACAAGUAAAGAGCAUAAUUUAUUCCGUUUAAAUAUUCAUAAUUCACAUGUAGUUUUAUAUGUAUCAGCUGGUAAUUUCAAAAGUUAUUACACAAAUUUCAACAAUCGUAAAUAAAAGAUACCUGCAUGAACAUUUCAGCCAUAGUCUCAUGCUAAUUAGAUGCGCAGCUUCACUAGCAUGUAUAACUCAUUCAUAGUAAUGCAUUAUUGUAUUUGUUGUUGAUGUUAUUGAGUAGGUUGACCGACAAAUUGCUUAUAGUCUCUUCACACGGUUUAUAAAGUGGUGUGGGCGAUAUUACAAAGGUACAUAUUUGAAUUUAUUAUGAAUGAAGUUGCCUUUAAUCUAGUGUAUUCCACAUAAUUGACUAUACAAAUAUACCUGUAAUAUAAGUUUCAGAUUAAAUUGUUAGUAAGGUAUAAUUUCUUGAAUGAAAAUGAAACUAAUUAGUAGACUGACAUCUUCAAUGGAUUGGUCCUUAAUGUUUUCAAAGCAUAAUAUUUGUUUUAUUACUGGAGAGCAGGAAGGGGUAAGACCUGAAUGGUAGCAAAUUAACUCUUUGGUACUUAAACCGGAUGGCAAGGUUAGCAAAUAUCGUAUAUUCGGUAUAAGAAAUAAUAUUCAAUAAUUCAAUAAUAAUACAAAUCUUCAGUAUCGCCUUCAAAACAUUCUUUUGAACCAAUGCAAGCAUGGUAUAAGCUUCGGCUGGGAUAACCUUCAGUGCUAUGAGUGCAAUUCGCUAGAUUCUUAGACAUUUUCUUGGCCUUAUUCAUAAACACACGUCUCGUCAUCAGUAAUGAUGUGUUUGAUAAUGUAGCUCAGCUACCUCAUCAAGUAUAGGUUGUUUUUGUGGUUGUGGCGGCAGAAAAAAAAUCCGGGACCCAUCCGGUUGUGUAGACCCGACUGUCAUGGGAACGGUUAUCAACUGUAUUAUGGGUUUGCGACCUCUCCUCGACGUCUUUUUUCUUUGAAGUCUUUUGGUACGAGCAUUGACACGCUUCACACCCAAAACAUUGACCUGUUCUCGUCGUAAACAAACAGCUGCCAAACACUAAUUGACAUAUGGACAUCAAACUUCACACGAACAUAAAAAAGGCUGUAUCAAUCUGAAAAAAAUAUAUUUAUCGAUUAAUUUGUACGCGCAGUCCAAAUGGACUAGUACUGGUCAAAUUUUAUCAUAACAUAUUGUGUCAUACAUAAAUACAAUGUAUAAAUACCGUAGCAUUUAAAUAAUUCGAUCGCGCAUUUAAGGUUUCCAUUGCCAAUUAGGUGGCCGAUAAGUCGUUGCCAACAACGAACAACAUCAAAAUAUUCGCCGAUAGCGAUGAAUAAGCAGCACUAAAAAGCUCCUACGAAAACGCCCGACGGAAUACAGCAUUAGCGAGCCAAUAAAUGCUAAACUAAACAAAUCUAAAUGAAAUUAGCGUGAAAAGUGUCAUUGACUUCCUAAAAUACUCGCAUAAUGAAUGAUUUCUUUCUUGGCGCUGUUCUCAAUAUAUUGCACAUAUGUACAUAAGAAUGUGUACAUGCUUGCUUGUGUGCAGCUAAAGGCCAAUGCAAAACAUACGCAGAAGCCUUUCCCAGAUUUUAAUGAAUCAAUUUUAGUUAAUGAAUGAAUGAAUGUGGAAAGCGAAGAGUGAAGUGAUCUAGUGUCUCAUUACCGUCUGGCAGGCGUUCAAUUUGCUUCUGAAAUAAACAAAAACCAAAAUACGAGUACAUUCGAGCGCAAACAAUUAUUUUUUGUGCAUCAUCAAAAAAUAUAUGCCCCGUUGGUGAGGUGUUUUCUAAUCUGAAAGUUGUUUGCUGAUUGUGGGGGACAACCUUGUAACAAUUUACACACAUACCCAUCUGUGGAUGUGUGUGUACCAUAAGUGUAUGUAUGUAUGUCACUGCGCUUGUGUCCGCUGAACAGUUUUUGUUUGCACUAUCGUGUUUAAUGCUAUUCUCUCAUUAGGUGAUAUUUCGAUAAAGUCGAUUAAUUCUGGUUUCAAUUUUAACGAAUUUUGUUCUCGUUUUUCUCAGAAGCUAAGAUAGAAAGCCUAUUGGGUUAUGUAUGACCCGAGAUAUUUUCAAAUGAAAAACAAUUUGCUUUUCAGUUGUUCUAAGGCUGUUUCAAUGGUAUUCGUGAAACCUUUUAGGAUUGGAGGCAUCGGUUGAAUAUACGGUUUGAAUGUAUGGUUUGUGUCUAAUGGUUUUAGUUUUAAACCUUGGGAAGUUUUUGUCAAUGGCCAACUCCAAAUAUCCAAUACCACUUUUGUAAUUUCAAUUUACAUCACUUACUGACUUCGUUGACAAUUUUUGUAAAAAAAAUUUCUUGAUAGGAAAAUUUUAGUUUUGUAAAUUUUGGUAUUUUUUUGUGUUUCGCUAUAAUUUUUGUUUGGUUUAUAAAUUUAUUUGUGUGAGUACGUAAAAUACGCUCUUUGCAGAUUUGAGCAGUCAGAAAUGGACCGCAAUGUCAGAGAUCGGCCUCGUCAUCCGCCUGGAAUGCGCGGUCGCGAUAUCGGAAUGUUCUAUCGCAACCUAUCGAAAAAGAAACAAUCAAAGACAGUCACGCCCACGAUUAAAUUGGGUCCAUGCGUGAGUGUUCCCCAAACAGUGUUGGCCAAGGUUGAAGAGAGCUUACGUCGUUUCGAGCAGAGCUGUGAGGAUGAGAAGGUGUUGAAAGAUUUUGAGACGCAAUUUCGGCAUUUGCUAUGCGCCGAUUUCGAAGAUUUCAUUAUCAGUACCAAGUCGACCAGUGUGGAACUACAGGACAAUGAAUUCCAAAAUCAACGCUACAAAUCCGAGGUGUUGGCAAAGGAGCGUGAUCCAGAGUUCCAACAGCGAUAUGAGCAACGUCUAAAAUUACCGACUAUGAAGCAAAGUGAACGCAUAUUGGCAGCGAUCAAAGAAAAUCAAGUGCUACUUAUUGUAGGCAGUACCGGAUGUGGUAAGACCACGCAGGUACCACAACUCAUUUUGGAUGAUUACAUCUUUAACAAUCGUGGUUCACAAUGUCAUGUGGUGUGUACGCAACCACGUCGUAUUUCCGCGGUAACGGUUUCCGAGCGUGUAGCCUACGAGCGGCUCGAAAAAUUGGGUGUAUCGGUUGGCUAUCAAAUACGUUUGGAGAGUGAAUUACCACGUGACAAUGGCUCCAUUUUGUACUGCACCACCGGCGUGUUACUGCAAAAACUGCAAACUGAUCCACUGAUGAACACCGUUAAUGUUGUUAUCAUAGAUGAAAUACAUGAGCGUGGUGUCGAGACAGAUUUACUAUUGGCCUUGUUCAAAAUCGUAUUGCCCCACCGGCCCAAUCUCAAGGUUAUACUAAUGAGUGCCACAGUUUCGGAGCAAGAGUUCAGCACCUAUUUUAAUAACUGUUGCACGAUAUACAUCGAGGGCACGAUGUUUCCCGUCAAGGUGAAUUAUUUGGAAGAUAUUAUACAAGAGACUGGAUUCACGCGUUUUCGAAAUAAUCCACACGAGUGUGCAAAAAAUAAACCGCGGCAACAUGGAAAACAGUUUAAUCGCCAGAAUGCUAACGACUUUGCGUACACGGCAAUGAUGGAGCCAUAUUUGCGACAAAUCAAGGACAAAUAUGAUUCCCAAGUGCUGCAGUCCUUACGUUGCACUGACUCUGAAGGUUGCGAAAAUCUGCAAUUUAUAGAGCACUUAAUUUUCUACAUUUGCGAUACCAAGCCACCUGGCGCUAUUUUGGUCUUCCUGCCGGGCUAUGAUAAAAUCUCUAAACUCAAUUCGAUUCUGCUGAACCCCACCUUGCCGAUAGGGCAGCGUUACUCCCGCAAGAUACAAGUGUAUCCUCUGCACUCAAUGAUGCCAACAAUGUUUCAGAAGAACAUAUUUCAGCCGUCCCCUCCUGGAAUACGAAAAAUCAUACUCUCCACCACAGUGGCGGAGACUUCGGUCACCAUUGACGAUGUGGUCUACGUGAUCAACUGCGGACGCAUGAAGACGAAUAAUUAUAAUGUCGAGGCUAAUUUGCAGACACUGGAAGAGACUUGGGUAACAAAAGCCAAUUCACAGCAACGCAGAGGUCGAGCUGGGCGUGUCCAACCCGGCAUUUGUUAUAAUCUCUUUAGUCGCGCACGUGAAAAAACAAUGAUCGACCAUCUCGUGCCCGAGAUAAAGCGGAGCAAAUUAGAAUCCACCAUAUUGAAUUUGAAAAUGUUGCACAUAAAAGAUGUGGACCAUUUUUUGAAUACCCUUAUGUCGCCGCCUGAUAGUCAAGCUAUUACGAAUGGUAUAAAUUUGUUGAAACGCAUCAAUGCUUUGGAUGCGGAAGGUACAUUAACACCUCUUGGCAUGCAUUUGGCACGUUUACCAGUGGAUCCACAAAUCGGUAAGAUGCUUGUUAUGGCGGCGCUAUUUCGCUGUAUGGAUCCCAUAACCACAGUGGCGGCAGGACUCUCAUUCAAAUCGCCAUUUUAUACGCCGCUUGGCAAAGAGAAGGACGUUGAUCGAGUUAAACGUGAUCUAUCGGCCAACAAGAGAAGCGACCAUCUGUUAAUCGACAAUGUGAUGCUCAACUAUCGCGAGUCAUUGCAAGAUGGUUCAGAACGGGACUUUUGUUAUAAGAAUUACUUAAAUAUUGCCACACUGCAACAGCUGGAGGACAUGAAGCGCCAAUUCGCCAGUUUACUUCGUGCAGCAAGCUUCACCGAAUCUGGCAGUUGCAAUGCGAAAACCUCCAAUGAGAAUUCCAACAAUAUUCCAUUGUUGCGCGCAAUCAUCGCAGCCGGGCUCUAUCCAAAUAUGGCGUAUUUAAGUAAAGUGCGUCGCACCAAGAAUCAUGUGAAUGCUAUACAUCACCUCUCCACACCGGAGGAGCGUCGCAUCAGUUUUCACCCAUCCUCUAUGAACAGUAAUGAGGCUUCCUUUGAUUCGCACUAUUUUGUUUACUUUCAAAAGCAAAAGUCUUCAAGCGUUUUCAUUAUGGACGCCACCAUGGUCUUUCCCAUGGCCUUGAUCAUAUUCGGCGAUGGCGUCGAAACAGGUUACACCGAGCAUAAAGUGUUCUACAUAUCGGUAGCACGCACUUACUAUUUCAAAUGCGAUCCCGGCACAGCGAAAAUGAUGUUGGAGUUGCGUAAGCGCUUGGAAUGGCUUAUGCAAAAGCGUGCUCUAAACCCUUCACCAAUCCAGCCAAACACUAGUGAAGACUACAUAAUUAAAGCCAUUCAAAUCCUUUUAUCACUUGACGAUGUGUACGACUACACUGAUCAAUAUCUCUCAUCCGAUGAAGAACAAAUCUAACCACAAUUGUAAGCAUAUUUAGACGACCUUAAUUUCAGAAAUGUUACCGAGGCAUUAAACGUUUAUAUUGUACUAUAUAAGUAUGAGAAAUUAAUAAAGAAAAGUUUGAGUAGCAAAUAAAAAACA